AUGGUAAAAUCUUGCUAAUAAUUAUUAUGUAAUAUCUAUAGUAUAAAAAAUCUUCAUUAUCACAAGAGAAAUGAAAAAUAAUAAUUAUUAAAUAAUGAUAAGAAAUCUCCUAUAUCUAUAAAAACAUAAUUUACAGAUGAUUUUAUAUUCUAUAAAAGUAAAAGAACAUUCAAGAAAAAAAUUAAUUUAAGAAAAAAAAUAAGAGUUGAAGGUCAUAGAGGCUCAGGAAUUCUCUAUGCAGAGAAUACAAUUUAGAGUUUUGCAAAUGGAAUAGAAUUAGGAUUGGACUCAAUAGAAUUAGAUGUUUGGUUUUCAAAAGACAAUAAAAUAGUGGUUGUUCACGGUACAGAUGAUCAUACUUUAUAAUUAAUAGAUGGUUCUUUUAAAAAAAUUAUAGAUAUGACAUAUUAAGAAAUGUUAGAAUAAUAUACAAUUGAAGAAGGUUAGAAAAUUCCAUUAUUACUAAACGUAUUAGAACUAUGUAAAGGAAAAUGUAGAGUUAAUAUAGAACUAAAAGGUGAUGAGGAAAAUUUGUGUGAGGAAAUUUUAAAGUUAUGUAUUUAAGUUGGAAUUCCUUCCGUUUUUGUAUAAAGCUAAAAAAAAGGAAUGUAACUUUCUGUCUAUUUCGAUUUUAAUAUUAUUGAAAAUCACUAGAUAUACAAAAGACUUAUUGAUUUGGAAAUUGAUGUUAUAAUAACUAAUUAACCGAAUUUCUUAAUUAAUUUCAUAAAAACAAAAUGCACUUGA